AUGUCAUUAAAAAUUAACAUGCAUCUUCUUUAUAAUGCAAAUAAACCAGAUGCAGCUGAACAAGAAGAAUUUGCUAAUUGGCUACUUAAAGUUGAAGAAGAGCAUAUUCCUACUGUUGAUGAAAUGAAGUGCAAUAUUAUUCAACUUUCUAAAGAUAUUAUUUUGUCAUUUCAAGAUAUAAAUACUUUGAUUUAUUUUAUUUAUCCUAAUCUUUCUGCAAGUUCUGAUUCUCAAUAUUUAGUCAAAUAUGCAAUACUUGUUUCAAAAAAUGAACAUGUUAAUGCUAUUAAUACUGCUAUUAUGACUCAGUUUCCUGGUAAAGCAAUCAAAUAUCUUAGUACAGACACAAUUGAAAGUCAAACAGACUCUAAUUAUUAG